AUGUCGACCAUGUGGUUAUCGGAUUCGCAGAAGAUUGGUGUUGCGUUCUGCUCCGGCGGAGGUUUCUUCCUCAUCGGAGGCGUGAUGCUGUUCUUCGACAGAGCCAUGCUUGCCAUGGGAAAUAUCCUCUUCCUCAUCGGCCUCACCAUCAUCAUCGGCCCCCACAAGACUCUCCUCUUCUUCGCGCGGAAACAAAAAGCCAAGGGCACGGCGGCGUUCUUUCUGGGCCUGCUGCUGAUCUUGUUCCGGUGGCCGCUGAUCGGUUUCUGCAUUGAGUUGUACGGAAUCUUGAUCCUGUUCGGGGACUUCCUGGGCACGAUCGGCAGCUUCGCGCGGAGCAUCCCCGUGAUUGGGCCUUAUAUUGGGAUGCUGGUCGACAAGGCGGGUAUGGGCAGGCGGAACGCCGAGUUGCCCGUGUAG